AUGAUUUACAAAGGAUGGCAUCGAUUUAUACGAAAAAGAACAAAACCGAUUCCUGAAGAUCAAGCAAAAAAAUGGAAAACUCGUCUUAGUUUAGCUUAUGGCUUUUUUGCUUGGAACGCAUUUGGAUUAAUGAUUUACUCUAUUUACAAAGGAAAAGCUGAUUGGGCCCAUUAUUACGGAUUGAAGUCAGACGAUGAAAAAGCAAUGUCACCAGCGCACGCCUGGGCCAACACACUAGGAAUAAAAAAUGCUAAAGUUAUUAGAAUAUCAGGAAUGUCAAAAGUGGAUGAAUAUGAUAUAAUUGAAGGUGAGGAAGUAAGAGCUACAAAAAAAGAGGAUUGUAAAUAA